AUGCCCGGCUUCGACUUCUCAAACUACAACCGCAAUGCGGCCCUCCACGCUCGAGGUGUCCCCCUCCCCAAGGCGACGAGCACAGGUACCACCAUCGUGGGAUGCAUAUUCGACGGCGGUGUUGUGAUUGCCGCCGAUACAAGAGCAACCUCGGGGCCCAUCGUCGCCGACAAGAACUGCGAAAAGCUGCACUACAUCGCCCCUCAGAUCUGGUGUGCAGGAGCCGGUACCGCCGCCGACACCGAGUUCACCACGGCAAUCAUAUCCUCCAACCUCGAGCUCCACGCCCUCUCCACGGGCCGCAAGCCCCGCGUCGUCACCUGCAUGACCAUGCUCAAGCAGCACCUCUUCCAGUACCAGGGCCACAUUGGUGCCUACCUCGUCGUCGCCGGCGUCGACCCCACGGGAACCCAUCUCUUCACCGUCCACGCCCACGGUUCCACCGACAAGCUCCCCUACGUCACCAUGGGCUCCGGCUCCCUGGCCGCCAUGUCCGUCUUCGAGACCCAGUGGAAGCCCUCCCUGACCCAGGACGAGGCCGUCAAGCUCGCCAGCGAGGCCAUCCAGGCCGGUAUCUUUAACGAUCUCGGCUCCGGAAGCAACGUCGAUGUCGCCAUCAUCACAAAGGACAAGACCACCCUCAAGCGCGGCUUCGUCAAGCCCAACGAGCGUAGCGCCAAGCUCAAGAGCUAUGCCUUCCAGAAAGGUACCACGGCCGUGCUCAACGAGAAGAUUAUCAAGAAGAACGAGAUUGGCCGCUACGUGAGCGUAACGGAAGUGCCGGCCGGUGAAGCGAUGGAGGUUGAUACCUAG